GGCUGCGUGAGAUUCGUCCCAUCUGAAAAUGCCCGAACCAUGAACACAGAGGCAAAUGAAGUCAAAUGUCAAAGCCAGCACUGGCUGAGAGAGACUUGCAACUCAGACUCCACAGUCUGUGGGGAAAGUUUUCUGCUGUGCAUGGAGUAGAGGCGACAGGCAGAAAAUGACAGCAAGUCUUCUAAAAACAACCCUUGCUUUGCUCUUGCUUGGCCUCGGUGGGUUCCUGGAGGCGACAAUAUCAUGCAGAAAUGAAGAAGGGGAUGCUGUGGAUUGGUUUACGUUUUACAAGUUACCUAAAAGGCAAGACCAGGAAAGUAGAAAGACUGGGUUAGAGUACCUAUAUCUAGACUCUACAACCAGAAGCUGGAGGAGGAGUAAACAGCUAAUGAAUACCACUGAGAGUGCUCUGGGAAGAACAUUAGGACAGCUGUACGAAGCAUAUGCCUCCAAGAGCAACGACACCGCCUAUGUAAUGUACAAUGAUGGAGUCCCUAAAUCUGUGAAUUACAGCAGAAAAUACGGACACGCCAAAGGUUUAUUGCUGUGGAACAAAGUCCAGGGAUUCUGGCUGAUUCAUUCCAUCCCCCAGUUUCCUCCAGUUCCUGAAGAAGGCUACGGUUAUCCACCCACAGGGACACGCAAUGGACAAGCUGGCAUCUGCAUAACUUUCAAGUACAACCAGUAUGAAGCAAUAGAUUCUCAGCUCUUGGUCUGCAACCCAAACAUUUAUAGCUGUUGCAUCCCCGCUACAUUUCACCAAGAGCUCGCUCACAUGUCCCGACUGUGUACCAGGCCCAGCGCCUCGCAGAUCCCUGGCCGGCACCUCACCUCACUUCAGUCAGCCCGGGGACUAAACUUCCUCCAUUUUGCAAAGUCUGAUUCUUUUCUAGAGGACAUCUUUGUGGCCUGGAUGGCUCAACAUUUGAAAACACAUUUGUUAACUGAGACCUGGCAGCGAAAGAGACAACAGCUUCCUUCCAACUGUUCCCUUCCUUACCACGUCUACAAUGUCAGAGCAAUCAAGAUAUCUGGACAAUCUUAUUUCAGUUCUCAUCAGGAUCAUGCCAAAUGGUGUGUUUCCCAGAAAAGGACCAAAAAUCGCUGGACAUGUAUUGGAGACCUAAAUCGAAGCCCCCAUCAAGCCUUCAGAAGUGGGGGGUUUAUCUGUACCCAGAAUCAGCAUAUUUACCAAGCAUUUCAAGGAUUAGUUUUAUAUUAUGAGAACUGUAACUAAACCUGGUGAAUGGACAUAUAUACUAUCAUUUUCAAUAUUGACAAUGGAUCUUCUUCCAUUAGAUUCAUCCUUUAUAUCUUAAAAGCCUAUGAAUGUAUGUAUAAUCCAAAGAUUAUCCAGUAAAACACUUUUCUCCCA